AUGACAGAGCUUGAAACUUUUGAUUUGUGUGUGAACUAUCUUGAUGGGGAGAUUCCUUUAAGCUUGGCUGGGUUAAGUGGUCUGAAAUUGUUGAAUGUAUCAUACAACAAUUUUUACAGGAAGAAUCCCGACAUGAUAUGUAUGAUCGUUGGAUUGGCUGUUGGUUUUUGGAUCACGAUUGGGACUUUGAUUGUCAGCAAGCAAUGGAGAGAUGCAUAUUAUCAUUUCCUAGACGAAAUGAGGAUCAAGUUCGCAAAUUUCAUUCUUCACGUAUGUACCAAUGUUGAAAAUACAACGCGAGGUGUAACCGAGGUAACGAAACAGAUUCAAGUUGUUAAUGAGGUUUACAAGCUGCACAAUCUUCCUGAAUUUUACAAGGAUCCUCAGCCUCAUAUAUCAAUAGCAUGGGGAGUAGGAGAUAUUAGUGAAUCUGUUAAGAGAGUGGUGGAAGGAGAAAUGAGAAAAAAUGUUGGAGGAAGAUUUGCAACCAAAUCUUAUAAGAAAAUUGUUGUUGCAGAUGACAUGGUUACCUAUCCAAUCCAUUUGAUUCGCCCAAUUGAUCCAUUCAUCUGUCUUUCUAACAUUUUUUUUUGA